UCCAAGCAAGCAGCUGUGCUUGACUCUUAAGUGAAAGAGGAAGGGAGGCAAUUGUCGUAAUAGGAUAGCAUCGUUAGGGUGCAUCACUGGGCAUGCUCCAUCUAAUGUGAGAGAGAAUGCUGUGAGCAACAUUUUGGAUUUGUCUUUUUCUUGAAGAUUAAUCUACACCCCCAAACACACACACAUACGCACACACUCACACAAUCGUGGAUGGCUAAAACUGACUGGAUCUUUGCCUGUUUGUGCCCAAAAAUGCAUCAGUGAAGGAGGAGAGGGAGAAGUGUUGCUGAGACAAAGAGCUGCAAGCUGUGCGUCGGUGUGAAGGAGGUGCGUCUGGAGGAGGGAUCGAACACCAAGGAGGACCAUCAACAGUCACCUUGCCGUCAAAGUCAUCAAGCAGCUCAUUUGAUCUAUUAAAAGGUGAAGAGGAAGAGUUAGAUGAGACGGAUUUGUUGUUUUUUUCCUCCUUGGAUUUGGUGAUGAUGUGACGUCCGUUGUCCAUGUGAUGCCAUUGGCUGCGUUCAUUUUGGAUUUCGCAUCCUGCCUGGCAGUACGUCCUCAUCACUAGGCUUUUUAGCACCAAAGUGCGCCGCCAAAUGCGCGCCGAGCUGCGGUGAUUUUUGUUGCUCCUGUUGUUGGUGGGAGACGACAGGUGGCUCGGUGCGCCGCUUUCCCGCGCUCGCACUCACCUUUGCCACGAUGAGGGGAACUUCUGUGAGCGAUGCCUAAGGGACGAGAUGGGCCUGAGCGACGACAAGGAUCGCAUUGUGAUCAACGUGGGAGGGAUCCGGCACCAGACGUACCGCAGCACCCUUCGCACCCUACCUGGCACUCGCCUGUCGUGGCUGGCCGAGCCUGACGCGCCCAACCACUUUGACUAUGACGCCAAGAUCGAGGAGUUUUUUUUCGACCGCCACCCCGGCGUCUUCGCGCACAUCCUCAACUACUACAGGACAGGUAAGCUGCACUGCCCGGCCGAUGUGUGCGGCCCCCUCUACGAGGAGGAACUGGCAUUCUGGGGCAUCGACGAGACGGACGUAGAACCCUGCUGCUGGAUGACCUAUCGCCAGCACCGGGAGGCGGAGGAGGCCCUUGAUAGUUUCGGCGGGGGGGGACUGUUGGACCUGGGGAACGACGAUGCUGAGCCCGAGCAGGAGCACGGUGAGGACGAUGUGGAUGAGAUGACGAGGAGGCUGGCGCACGGUGACUCUCCUGACACCCGGAGUGGCAGCUUGUGGAGCCGGUGGCAGAAGCGUGUUUGGGCUCUGUUUGAGGACCCUUACUCCUCCAAAUAUGCAAGGUGGGUGGCUCUGGCCUCGCUGUUCUUUAUCCUGGUGUCAAUCACCACGUUCUGUCUGGAGACCCACGAGGCUUUCAACCCCAUCAUCAACCGCACCGAGACGGAGCUGGUGGACAACAUCACAGUGGAGCACACCUACCAGGAGCCUGAGACGGCGCCCUACCUCACCUACAUUGAAGGCGUUUGCGUGGUGUGGUUCACUUUUGAGUUCCUAAUGCGAAUAACUUUCUGCCCAAACAAAUUUGACUUCAUCCGGAAUGCCCUGAACAUCAUCGACUUUGUCGCCAUCCUGCCUUUCUACCUGGAGGUGGGCCUUAGCGGGCUCUCUUCUAAGGCAGCUAAGGAUGUACUGGGUUUCCUCAGAGUGGUCCGCUUUGUAAGGAUCUUGCGCAUCUUCAAGCUCACUCGCCACUUUGUAGGACUGAGGGUGCUGGGCCACACACUGAGAGCCAGCACCAACGAGUUCCUUCUCCUCAUCAUCUUCCUUGCCCUGGGUGUCCUAAUCUUUGCCACCAUGAUAUAUUACGCAGAACGGAUUGGCGCUAACCCCAAUGACCCUAGAGCCAGCGAGCACACGCAGUUCAAGAACAUCCCGAUCGGAUUCUGGUGGGCUGUGGUGACCAUGACGACCCUUGGCUAUGGUGACAUGUACCCUCAGACAACCUCUGGUAUGCUGGUGGGAGCCUUGUGCGCCUUGGCAGGUGUGCUGACCAUCGCCAUGCCAGUCCCUGUGAUUGUCAACAACUUUGGAAUGUAUUACUCCCUGGCCAUGGCGAAACAGAAACUACCAAAGAAAAAAAAUAGGCACAUCCCACGGGCGCCCCAACCUGGUUCUCCAAACUUCUGUAAAUCAAGUAUCAGCUCACAACACCAGAGCCCUAUCGCCCACGACGACGUUUUCGAGAUAAAGUUUCAAGAUUCCAAGCUGAACGGUGAGGCUGCCAACGCCGCCCUUGCCAACGAGGACUGCCCUCACAUAGACCAGGCCAUAUCUCCAGAGGAAAUCUUCAGCCCCAGCGAAAGAGAGCGGCCCUGCUUCCUGGUCACCACGGCCGAGCGGCCCAACCACACAGGGGGCAGAGUGAGGAGGGAGACCCAGCGACAGCACCGGAGCAGAGAACCAACUGAGUCAGUUUGUGUUAUGAACCAUGGUGUGCCAACCACUAUGUGUAUGACCCAUAAUGGCCCAUCGCCUACCUGAUAGUGCUGUAGCAUUGUUGUGUGUAUUAUUUAGUAUUUUUAAAUGGGUGUGACAGUGGCAACCUGUACAUCACUACACUAGAUCAGCAUAGAUGUAGCACUGAGGACGUUUUGUUGUCAAGCCUUAUGUAGCUCAGUAUCUGUGACUGGUUACUGUGAUGUAAUUUGUGUGCCUAUAUUUUUGGUGUAUGCCGGUGCUGUAAAUAUGCUUUUUGUGUGUGCUGAAGUUGUGUGUACCAAUGUUUUUGAGUGACCAUCAAAUAUUUGUGUGUUGUGUCAUAAGAAAAAAAAAGGUUGCUUCGCCUACCCCUGUCACGUCAAACAGCUGGAAACACUCUUUGCACUCUCAUGCUCACCUCUUUGGAGACUUUUGCACUUUUUUGCACCUGAACUUUUAACAUUCCUUUGAUGUUUUUAGCCCGUCACACAGAAAACAGUCAUAAAAAAAUACUUGAACACCAUUAUUACUUUGUGUCGAUGAGGUAUGUGUUUAACACAUUUUAAGUAGCUGGACUUAUUUUUUUCUAAAUUACCCCCACAGUUAAGUACCCCUUAGCAAUGCUUUUUCAGUUGACAAUCGAGUAGAAUUUUUCAUUAUUAAUAUCCCCAUCAGUGCAAAAUUACUGAUGCCAAAACACUGUACACAAUCCUGGACAAGUGCCUCUCUUAUGCAGAUUUCUAAAAUCAGUAGUUCAGGACAAUGAAAUAAAUACAGUGGAACCUCUGUUUUCGUCAUUAAUCCGUUCCAGGCCAGACGAAAACCGAAUCAAUUUUUUCCCAUAAAAAAUUAUGUAAAUCCAAUUAACCCAUUCUAGACCCUCAAAACUAUUAACACAAAACACAUUUUAUAAGAGAAUAAUUAUAGUGUUACAUGCAGAAAAUAAAGCGAAAUAGGCUACAUAUAAAUUGAUACAGGAACAUUUAACAUUACUUUUACCUUUUUAUUGAAGACAUGCUAACACAGAGAUGAGUGACGGGAGGAGGAGGGGGCCACGCAGUCGCUGUUUCGCUGUAGUCUGUUACAAAGUUAAUAUUAAAGAGUGGACGAUUAGAGCUGUAUACUAGCUCACUUAUUACUUACUUACUACUUAUUAUUUAUUGUAAACUUCAGCCGCAGGUACAGUCACUACACUUUCUAGGAUGUGUCUCCGUUAAACCAUCCCCCCUGCAACCUGUGUUAACUAAGGAACGUUAACAUUACAAUCCUAUAGUAACACACUACCUUUGUACUUUGCUACUUCUUUCUUCAAUUUAAAGUGUUAGUCGUCUUCUCCGUCAAAGUUCUGACACUUGAAACUUUUUAAGUAGCCGUAAUUAAUUUUUAAAAACACAGAUUCCUCUAAUACUCAUAAAAACAGGUGUUCGUCUUUCUGAUUGCGUUAUUUGAACAAAUACAGCACCCACACACAAAUAAUAACGAUGAGUAAACGAUUCCAUGACUGGAAUCUUUCUAGUGUCCCAUUUCCAAAAGAAGCACGAUGUAUUCUUCACAGAUACUGGGUCACCAAUGCGUGGAUGCUUUGUUUGCGCACUGUUGGCCAUAGGAUAACCGAGAUCGAGUGCACGAAAACACAAAUAUUUGUGCCGAUAUUUUUUGUUGAAAACCAGGGCGUAUGAAAACACAGGUGCCACUGUAGAAAUCCCAAAUGUUCCAAGAUUCCAAAACUGUCUUCAAUGGACAAGCAGCAGCACAGUGAGUGCACAAAAAUAUAGUUGAUAUGCGUAAGUCGACAAACCCAGCAAAAUGCCAGGUUUUUAUCUUAAAACAACCAAUACACACAAAAAAAAUCUCUCAACCGUUACAGGAAAAAAAAUACAAUGACUGUUGAAAAAUACAGUUAAUCAUAAAGCUUAAAAUGUGGAAGUUUGAGUGCACCCACUUUAAAUAAUACAUUGAAAUUACACUGCCUUCAAAUGGAGUACUUUUGGUGAAAGCUUUUUUUUAUAUAAAAAGAAAUGUGUUUCAUAAUUGCAUAUAGUUUUUCAAUUAAGUAAUCAAUUAAGUAAGUAAUUGAAUUGUAGCAGUAAUUAAAAGUCAAAAUUGCAACGCUGUUGUAUUUUUUUGUCACCCAAAAAUGUGGCAUUUUACAGGAUGUUGAUUUUACAUCCAGUGUUAAAGAACCUCAGCGUGGUUCAAAACGGAAAGGCAGUCACUGAGCAUUAUGACUAAUAACAACCAUGAUAGCCAUGUUCAAAGUGCAGCUUUGACUGUGUGGAAGAGUUUGUGUAAAAGGGACCAACUUUUUAACAAACAACUGCAAACCCACUGCCAACCAACCACUGGGAGCUGUGUGCUAGUUAGUCUGACACGAUAUAAAAUAUUCUAAAAGACUCAUUAAAACAGGUAUAAUACAUGACAGGCAACUAAUGUAUGACUUUUAGUUAGAUUUAAGAGUGAGUGAGUGUGUGUUUUGAACACGUACUGUCCAUUUUGUGGCUAGUUCUCUUAGUCGGGUGUUCGGUGGUACUUUUGAUUGGUUUGUUGGUUAGGGAUUUUUGGUGUCUUUUCUGAACAAUACAGUUCAGACCUGUACAAUAAAUAGUGCUAAAUAAAAUUUAACAAACACAGAGAUGAUCAUUUUCAAGAAGUUGUUUAUUUUUCUUGGUAAAAACACUUUCAUUUAACAAUCAUUAGUGCAUAUGUUAUGAAAAGUAUGUUACAAUUGCCUAAAUGGGGUUUAAAUAAAACAGGAAUAAAUAAGGUAAAUAUAAUUCAAGCAUUAACCAUAAGCUGUGCUGAUGCCUCCCAUUGCCCUUGACCUGCACAUGUUGCCCAGGUACUGCACUGCAGGUGCCUACACAGCUCAUAAAAUAAGGAAGAUGGGUCGGGAAUUAAUUGAGUGUAUAGAACAGAGGUGCCAACAUGACAUUCUCUGAGUACAUGUGACACAAGUUAUGGUAAAAAUAUAUUUAUGUGUAAUCAGUAAAUCACUGUGACACAGAUACGUGCUAUGAAGUAUGGGCAUCAGCGCCUCCCAACGUUCAAGAUCACAGCAAUAAAAACGCUGACAUGGGAAGAUGGAGAGUUGUAGCAGCAGCCUUAACGUCUUCAUUCAUUCAGGUGGGCCAACAUGGCGGGAGGUGUAGGAAUGACCAUGUCCUGUAAAGAUAUCGCCCGCCAUUAUAGCAAAGUGAUGAGCAGGCCACAGAAAUGAUGGCCUCUCUCCACACCGGACAUAAGUCACAUCCACACGUCUAGGUAUUUAUGACAUACACGCGCUUUAGGCAUUUAACUACCAAAAGAAGAUACUGUGGAGCAUAGGAAGGUGAAAGUUGUUGCAUAUGCACGUCAAUGGGGUGGUAAGCAGAAAGGCAAUUCAGUCAAAUGUGUGUUCAUUCAUAUGAUAAUUACAUUUUAGGAAUUCAGGUCUUAGUUGCAUGCUGUCUCCAAUGUAAGUGGAAUGUGUGCAUUUUAGCAGUGGUCUUUAGACGUCUUCCCUGCGCACACCGCCAUAGAAUGUCCUGCCCCGCACCCAAUCAGAAAAGGUGUGAGACCGGGAAGGAGCUGCGGCUCCAAGACGUCGGCCAGUGAACCGUCUCCGUUCAUUCCGUGCUCGUUCCAGCCCCAGGAAAGCAGACGCCCCCCUGAUGAGGAGAGGGAUCAUGGGUCAGUGGAGCCGAGAGAACACAGCACUGCGAAGCCCUCUCCUUAACGUGUGAGCUAAAAUUAGCAGCCUGGGGUGGUGAGUAUGUUGCAAAGAAGAAAGAACAUCAGAAAACGCACACACGAACAUUGACAGGCAGCCAGCAAUAAAGCUUCCCUGCUCUUCACAGCUGGAGAGCUUGUUUGUGGGUGUGGUCAGGGCUGCAUCACCGAGGAGACACGUGCCAUGGCAACACAGUUACCUAACAGGCUCCGUUACCAUGGCAACAGAAGCAGCUUGCUUUCUCAAGGGUAACACAUCCUCAAGCUUUCCCUAUCUGGCUGUUGUGUGUCUUUCAUGCUUUGUCUUUCCAUCCAUUUCAUUGAGACUCUUCUUCUCUGGGCUCUGGCAAUGUGCGGUAUUAAAGAUUUGGACGCAGAUACCGAAACAUAUGCUUUUGCUAGUGAGGAGACCAAGAUGUCAUGCCAGCAAGCUUAUGUCAGUGCAACACUCUGCCAGCAAUGGUGAAGGCAUUACAAACAAGCAACAAAGCCUUCAAAAUGAUGGAUUCAGUAACAUGCCAGUGCUAAUCUAUAAGUGAAUUUCCUGUUUUGAAGCAUUAUGUUCACCAGGGGAGAGAGUGCCUUAUUUGGCCACUGUGCUUUAUUCAUGGUCUCACUGACAGGAGUAUACCGCACAUCAGUGUUUCCAUGGCAACAAAGUGCUGCACUUUCUGCACAACAAAAAAGGAAUUGAA